AUGGCUCCCUCGGAAUCCACGCCGUUGCUCACAAGUGUCGCUAUCGCGCCUCGGCGGUACCGAUACCCUCACCACGCCCUUCGACGAUCCUGUAAUCUCGUCCUGGGCUUUAUCCUUGCUGUCUCUGUCCUUCUCUUUCUCGUCCCCUCUGCCAUUCUUCCUCGUGAGCAUGGGUCCAUCUGGUCCUACCUUCCCUGGGCGAAUCCAUUCCCUCAUGCCUCCUGGCCUCACGGCCAUGGUCUGGGCUUCGAAGAGCUGCAGGCUCUGCUCCACGAGACCCCAUCCGCCGAGAAGGCUCGGGAAUGGAGUAGCUACUACACCGCCGGUCCCCAUCUGGCUGGCAAGAACCUGAGCCAGGCCGUAUGGACUCAGGAACGCUGGCAGGAGUUCGGAAUCGACGACACUAGUAUUGUCGCCUAUGACAUCUUCCUCAAUUACCCCGUAGAUCACCGCUUGGCCCUGUUGGAGAAGAACGGCGAUGCCACCGAGGUGACCUUUGAGGCCACCCUGGAAGAGGACAUCCUCGAGGAAGACCACACGACCAACCUGACGGAUCGCGUGCCGACUUUCCACGGUUACUCGGCGAGCGGGAACGUCACGGCGCCCUUUGUGUUUGCCAACUUCGGCACCGUGUACGACUUCCAGGACCUGAUCGAUGCGAACGUCAGCCUGGCCGGGAAGAUCGCCAUCUGCAAGUAUGGCCGCAUCUUCCGCGGGCUGAAGGUCAAGCGGGCGCAGGAGCUCGGGAUGGUGGGUGUCAUCCUGUACGAUGACCCGGAGUCUGACGGGGAGAUUACCGAGGAGAACGGCUACGAGGCGUAUCCCAAGGGUCCCGCGCGGAACCCGAGCGCCGUGCAGCGUGGUAGUACGCAGUUCCUAAGCAUAGCGCCUGGUGACCCGACUACCCCAGGGUAUGCCUCCAAGCCCGGCUGUGAGCGACAGGACCCGUUCAACUCGAUCCCGUCCAUUCCCUCGCUGCCUAUCUCGUACCAGGAGGUGAUUCCACUUCUGAAGGCACUGAACGGUCAUGGUCCCAAAGCCUCGGACUUCAACAAGUGGUGGCAGGGCGGUAAGCUGCGUUCCAAGGGGGUAGAGUAUAAUAUCGGUCCUACGCCAGAUGAUGUCGUCAUCAACUUGUACAAUGAGCAGGAGUAUGUGACGACACCCCUCUGGAAUGUCAUUGGGGUUGUAAAAGGCCACAUCCAAGAUGAGGUGGUGAUUCUGGGCAACCACCGCGAUGCGUGGAUCGCUGGCGGCUCUGGCGACCCCAACAGUGGAUCGGCCGCGCUGAAUGAGGUCAUCCGCAGCUUUGGAGAGGCCCUCAAGGCGGGCUGGAAGCCGCUUCGAACCAUUGUCUUCGCCAGCUGGGAUGGUGAGGAGUACGGGCUGCUGGGCUCGACGGAGUGGGUAGAAGACCAGCUCCCGUGGCUCUCCAAGGCCAACAUUGCCUACUUGAACGUGGAUGUGGCUGCGGCCGGUACCCUGCUGGAGCCACGGGCUAGCCCGCUGAUGAACCAGCUUAUCUACGAGGUGACCGGCUUGGUGCAGUCCCCAAACCAGACUGUGCCGGGUCAAACCGUGCGGGAUGUCUGGGAUGGCCAUAUUGCUACGAUGGGUAGCGGCAGCGACUUCACAGCCUUCCAGGACUUUGCGGGCGUGGCUAGCUACGAUCUUGGCUUCGGGCGUGGUCCCACGGAUGCCGUGUACCACUACCAUUCGAACUAUGAUAGCUUCGAUUGGAUGGACCGGUUCGGCGAUCCAAGCUGGAAAUACCACGAGGCAUGCACCAAGAUCUGGGCGCUCGCCGCGGCCAAGCUGAUCGAGACCCCGAUCAUUGCCUUCAAUGCAACUGACUACGCUCUGGGGCUGGAGCAGUACCUCAGCCAGAUCAAGCCGGUGGCGAAGCAGCUCCCCAAAGGCACAUCGUUCGACUUUGCGCCGCUGGACCAGGCUAUUGCGCAGUUCCAAGCGGCGGCCGCGCGGUUUGAGGCCCAUGCGGCGGACCUGGCCUCGCAGCUGGGCGAGGAUGUGCCGUGGUACCACUGGUGGAAGAAGGUCCGGCUGCUCUUCCAGAUCCGUGUGGUGAACGAUAAGUACAAGAGCAUCGAGAAGCAGUUCUUGUACCAGCCGGGGCUGGAUGGCCGCAGCUGGUACAAGCACGUCGUGUUUGCCCCAGGCAUCUGGACCGGCUAUUCCGGGGCAACUUACCCGGGCCUGGUGGAGAGUCUGGAGGCGGGCGAUCUGACCAACUCUCAGAAAUGGCGCUCAAUUAUUCUGGAGCGCAUCGAAGCGGCCACUCGGCUGCUGCAGUAG